AUUCAGCUCUUCACCUCCUAACGGAACACGAAUAAAGGGCACAGUCAGAAGAUUUGUGAGCAUGGAUCCAAUCAUCCCAUCCCAAGAGACAGAAUCUACACCAAUGAGUGCAACUAACCAAUCUACUCACCAAACUUGUGAGAAGAUCCUAACCCUAUACUUCCUGACCCUCAUCAGUGCCCUGGUUGGGCUGGCUGGCAACACGGUGGUGCUCUGGCUGCUGGGCUUCAGCAUACGCAGAAAUGCCAUCUCAGUCUAUGUCCUUCACUUGGCUGUGGCAGACUUCCUCUUCCUCUGCUGCCGUUGUAUUGAUUCUCUGAUUCAAGUUGUUAACUUCUAUGAGUUCAACAUCUAUACCUAUGGAAUCUUAAGCAAUGGGGCAAUCAUUCCCUACAUCUCAGGCCUCAGUAUACUCAGUGCCAUCAGCAUAGAGCGCUGCCUGUCCAUAUUGUGGCCCAUCUGGUACCACUGCCACCGCCCGAGAAACAUGUCAGCUAUUAUAUGUGCUGUGAUCUGGGCCCUGGCCUUAGCAAUGAGCAUCCUUGAUUGGCAUUACUCUGGCUUUUUAGCUUGGGCUUAUUAUGAUAGUGAAUCAUGGAAAAAAGUUGACUUGAUCAUAACUGCAUUUCUGAUUUUCUUAUUUAUGGUUCUCUCUGGAUCCAGUCUGAUCCUACUGGUCAGGAUCCUCUGUAGCUCCAGGCAGAUUCCCCUGACCAGACUAUAUGUGACCAUCUCACUAACAGUGGUAGUCUUCCUCAUUUGUGGCCUGCCUCUUGGCAUUUAUUGGUUCCUAUUAUACUGGCUUCAGAUUCAUCAAUAUUAUCCCUUUUGUCAUCUUUACCAAGUUACCGUUUUCCUUUCCUGUAUCAACAGCUGUGCCAAUCCCAUCAUUUACUUCUUCGUUGGGUCCUUUAGGCAGCAAAAGCGACAGACUCUCAAGAUGGUUCUCCAGAGGGCUCUGCAGGACACUCCUGAGGAGUACAGAUGGAGAGACAGCCAGCCUCAGGAGACCAUUGAGAUGUCACAAAGCAAAAUAGGAUGA